AUGUUGGACGCCUUUGAAAUUAUAACAACAUCCGGAGUUGUGCUCUGGUCAAAGACAUAUGCGCCCGUUGGCACCCACAUCAUCAACAGCUUGAUCAAGGAUGUUUUUAUCGAGGAGAAGACACACCUGCAAGACUCCAGCGUCGACAGAACCGCGCGGAAAUAUAGCAAGGAGCAGUACACUCUGAAAUGGACUGAAGCAAAGGGAUUUGGGCUGAUAUUCGUUGCAGUCUACCAGUCCCUCUUGCACUUGACAUGGAUCGACGAGCUUCUGGAGAACAUCAAGACGAUAUUCUUAGGACUAUACAAGGAUCAGCUUAAAGGGACACGGCUGAGGGUCGUGGAUUACCCGUUCGACAAAUACUUUGAGCAGCAGUUGAGAGAACUUGACCAGACCUCAGAGCUCCCGGCAGAGGACAGGCGCCAGCUAGGGGUGGAGAGCAAAAAGGAUGCGCUUACAAAAGCUGAUACGGGGGGGCCGCCGCCGCCGCCUGUUCCGGGGCUCCUUACGGCGCAGCGUCAAGCUGUGCCAGCGACGGAGGUGCUGAAUGAUAGCACACCGUCUCAAACCCCCGAAACAUCCCGGCCCGUGACUCCGAGUUCCCAAGUCAUCACUGGCAAGUCCGGGCCUGGUGGCCGGGCUUCUCGCCGUGCUCGGAGGGCAGCCAAUGCGAAUACCAACUCUGGCGCGGAGGACAAGGCCAAGAAGCCUAGUAAUGGAAAGUCUGGGGGGAAGAAGAUGAGAAAAUGGGGUCCAGACGGCCUUGCGGACGAGGAUAGUGACGAAGUACUAGACUAUUCUGCGAACGAUACCGGCACCACGGAGGCAGCCCCCGCGCCAGUUGACUCUAUCGAUCGCGAGUCGUUUGGAACAAAGACUCAAAAGGGACAGUUUGUUCUCAAGGACCUAGGGGAUGAAAUUCAUUCAAUUCUUAAAAACGCCGACGAGGAGAAAGCCAAGGCUAGCAAUUCGUCUACAGGGGUGGUUAACUCUAGCCUAGGCGCAAUCAGCAGCCUGUUCCGCAAUGUCGUUGGUGGAAAGGUAUUAACAAAGGCUGAUCUGGUGAAGCCGUUGAAGGCGAUGGAAGACCACCUGCUGAAGAAAAACGUUGCUCGUGAGGCCGCCGUCCGUCUAUGCGAAGGUGUCGAAGAGGAGUUAGUCGGUAAGAAAACCGGGAGCUUCCAGAGCAUCGACUCCGCUCUGCGUGCGGGAAUGGAAUCUUCUCUUCGCAAAAUCCUCACCCCUACCUCUUCACUUGAUCUUCUCCGCGAAAUCGAGGUGGUUACGUCCCCCACGAACAAACAGCAACCCCGUCGACCGUACGUUAUAUCAGUCGUCGGAGUAAACGGUGUCGGCAAAUCCACCAACUUGAGCAAGCUAUGCUUCUUCCUACUCCAGAACAACUACAAAGUCUUAAUCGCAGCUUGCGACACCUUCCGUUCUGGCGCAGUCGAGCAGCUUCGUGUCCACGCACGAAAUCUUAAAGAACUCAGCGCGAGAGAAAACGUUGGCCAGGUCGAACUCUAUGAGAAGGGAUACGGGAAAGACGCAGCUAACGUCGCGAAAGACGCAGUCUCUUUUGCAGCUACCAACGAUUUUGACGUUGUCCUGAUUGACACUGCUGGUCGUCGACACAACGAUCAACGACUGAUGUCUUCCUUGGAGAAAUUUGCUAAAUUCGCCAACCCGGAUAAGAUUCUAAUGGUUGGAGAAGCGCUGGUUGGCACCGACAGUGUCAUGCAAGCUCGUAAUUUCAAUCAAGCCUUUGGUGCUGGGAGAGGUCUCGAUGGCUUCAUCAUCAGUAAAUGCGACACGGUUGGAGACAUGGUCGGUACCCUGGUCAGCAUGGUACAUGCUACUGGAAUUCCAAUCGUCUUUUUGGGUGUUGGCCAGCAUUAUGGUGACCUGCGAGGACUCAGCGUUCCUUGGGCUGUUGAAUUGCUUAUGAAGUAA